GGGUCUGGAUGGGGUUUACAGAAUAGAGAAUAAUUGGCAAAAUGUGCAGAAUGGCAAAAAAUAUGAAGAAUAGAGAAAUAAAGAACAAACAAAUAAAAAAUAUAAAGAAUAGAGAAAUAAAGAACAAACAAAUAAAAAAUAGAGAAUAGAGAAAUAAAGAACAAACAAAUAAAAAAUAGAGAAUAGAGAAAUAAAGAACAAACAAAUAAAAAUAGAGAAUAAUGGGAUGCUACAAUAUAAAGAAUAGAGAAAAAUAACUUAAAAAAUAAAAAAAUACAGAAAUGAAGGAUCCCCAUCCAGACACUCUAAUAUGAUACUACCUUUUAUGCUUUUGAGACAGGCGGGACAAAGAAAUUUACACAUAUAUAAGUCAGUCUUUAACAGGUAUCAUCCCCUGGUGUCAGCUGUGUCUAGGAUACCACACUGCUAUUGUCUUUGCUGCUGGCACGGGAAGGACUGUAAACAUGCAUUUCAUUGGAGCCAAAGACGCCUUACAAAUAGAUACAACUACUGUUGAAGAUGGACAUGGCACAGAGUUUUUAUAAACUAAAAUGGUAUAGGGUGGUUAUUAUAUGGAAGUUAUAUAUAUCUUUUAUAUAACUAUGUAUUAUUUUUUUCUCAAUAUUUAAUCAGUCACACUUGCAUUGUGUAUCAUAAAAACUUAAGCUGUUUAAUAUUUACAUAAGAAAGUUAUAUAUCACUUGGUUUUAUUGAAUGUUAUUUGUUUUAAUCUCAUAUUGUAAUGUUAUUGUCAUAUCAAAUGUUUAUGCUCUUGUGUAUCCUUAAUUGGAAUAAAAUAUUCCUCUUCUUCUUCAUCAUCUAUUCUUAAUUUGGCAUACGGAAGCGUAUUAGCGUUACAUCAUUACUAUUAUUAUUUUAAUCUUCGCGUUAUUUCAUCAAGGCUGGCAUCGUUUCGGAAUGUUUUGCUUAAUUUCCCAGACUGUGUGUGUGUGUUUUUAUAGUAUUUUUUUUAUUAUUAAUUUCAACUGUAAACAUGAAUACCGUUUUCAUUCAGUUAAAACGGAAGCAGCUGUCAUAUUUUUUUUAUCGUCCAUUAGAAAGAUGACAAGACCAAAGCAAUGGUUUUUAUCUUCUUACGGAUAAACAUCCAGCUGACAAAACGACUACGUGUUUCACCUGCUCACCUAUUGAAAGAGAGCGCAUUGUUGAAUGGUCAGGUACUUUGUUGGAACAGCAGCAUAAGAACAUUUAAAUAUACAACAUGAUGCACUCUAAUGAAGACAAGGAAGCUAGACCAGAAAUCGUGCCAAGAAAAACACACAUUUGACCUUAUCCAUACUUGGAAAUCAUCGGUUUACGAAAUUUUCGAUUUGAAAAAUGUGUCAACAGUGGUGCCUUGCUUAACAUUUGACAAAACCGUUCUCACGUAAAACUGACUGUCUAGGUUCGCAUUAUUGUAAGAAGUCGAAAACAAUCGAUAACUAUCGAGAUGACGAUAAGUUGAUAAUAAAAACUGUUCAACAGGAGUAUUAUCCGACACAAAUAGAUUGUCUUAUGCUGCACGGAUAAUACUCCUGUUGAACAGUUGAAAAAAAUAAUACAUAGUCAUAUAAAAGAUAUAUAUAUAAAGUUGUCCUAAAAGGUUCAGCAUGUUUACAGUCCUCCCAUGUCAGCAGAAAUUAAAUUAGCUAUGUUGUAUCCUAGAAGCAGAUGUUACCAGGGAUUGAUACCUGUAAAAGACUGACCGGCAUGCUAAGUGUAUAUAUGGAAAUGUCUAUCCUAUCUGUAUUAUAAGCAUAUAAUCGGUAGCAGCAUACAAUUUGAAACAAUUAUGUUUGUUAUUUCCUGUCCUUUCCACUAUAAGUGAACAAAAGAUGAAAAAGAGAGGCGAAAGAUACAAGAAGGACAUUCAAACUCAUAAGUCGAAAAUAAAUUGACAACGCCAGGGCUAAAAAAGAAAAAGACCAACAGACAAAUAAUAGUACACAAAACGCAACAUAGAAAACUAAAGACUGAGCAGCCAGAACCCCACCUAAAACUGGGGGUGAUCUCAGGUGCUCCGGAAGGGUAAACAAAUCCUGCACAACAUGUGGCACCCGUCGUGAAGAUACGCUCAUUGCCGAAAUGCGCAUGUAGUGCAGAAAAAUAUUGGUACCGUUAAUGUUAUAUGUUAUUCUGUCAUAACCCUUAAUAUGUCAGUUUGUAAUUCAUAUCAUAAGUAGAUAUUUAUAUAUUCUUAAUUUUUAAUAUUAAAACCUUAAUUGUUUCUGUCUGUACUAUAAACUUAUAAUAAUAGGUGAAAUUAAUUUAUUAAUCGGGAACAGACAAAAUCAAGGAUUUAUAAAGUUACUAUAUAAAUCCUUGACAAAAUCAUACCCUCUUAUGUAAAUUCAUCUUCAACUUUUUUUAGAUCAUGUUUUUAAAGUAUUCAUAAAAAACUUGAUCUUGUGCAAAUAACUUCAACAUUGAACUUUCGACAACAUUCGAGAAUAUCUAAGAUCAACACAUCUUGUAUUGUACAUUUGUAUUUAUAUUUACUAUCCUAAAAAUAGAAAUAACAUUCCCAAUGUUCAUUCGAUAUUAUUGGAUGUCAUCAUACUUCGAUAAGGAUAACAACAGAGGAUGUCGCACUACAAAUACUUUUCUAACUUUAGACUUUCUUGAAUGAUCAGGAACUUUCGUUUUGAGUAUAUAAAAGGCGAUAUACUGUAAGGAGAGUAAUCAUAACAAAAUAGACGACGGUUAAUAAGAGACAGAGGGUUAAAGCAAAGACUUAAAAACAGGAGAUCCCGAAAGAAAAAAAUCAUCAAUUGAUAUCUAUUGAUUAUUUAUCGUAGACAAAAGUGAAAUAACUUGAUAUGGCAGAAAAAGGUCCAGCUAUUGGAAUUGAUCUAGGGACAACUUACUCUUGUGUUGGUGUUUUCAAGCACGGGAAAGUAGAGAUAAUUGCCAACGACCAGGGAAACAGAACAACUCCAAGCUAUGUGGCUUUCAUGGAUACUGAAACACUUGUUGGUGAUUCAGCUAAAAACACAGUCGCUUUGAAUGCUAAAAAUACAAUAUUCAAUACCAAGAGACUGAUCGGAAGACAUUUUAGUGAUUCGAAAGUUCAGUCAGACAUGAAACAUUUGCCCUUCAAAGUAAUCAAUAGUGGAGGCAAGCCGAAACUAAAAGUCGAACAGAAAGGAGAAAUAAAAAUAUUAACCCCUGAGGAAAUUGGUGCAAUGGUAUUAGUUAAAAUGAAACAAACCGCUGAAGCUUAUCUCGAAACGAAAGUUACAGAUGCCGUCAUCACAGUACCUGCAUACUUUAAUCAUUCUCAAAGACUAGCCACAAAGGAUGCCGGUUUCAUUGCAGGACUUAAUGUACUGCAUAUAAUAAACGAGCUGCUGCUCUAGCUUACGGUAUUGACAAAAAUUUAACAGGCAAGAAAAACGUGUUGAUAUUUGAUUUGGGAGGAGGAGCAUUCGACGUUUCAGUCAUUUCGAUGAA